UUUUCACAAAAUCAGCAGUAUUAAUAUCUCUCCUCUGAGGGUUCAAAAACUCAAAAUUAUUUAAACAACUUAUUCGAGCUCACUCACACAUAUCUGCCUACUUUGUAUAAUCUCGAUAAGAUGAAAGGGCAGUGAAGGUAUGAAAACCCACACACCUACUAAUUGAACUAUUCCAACAUGGCGCAGGGCAAGCUGAAGACGAAAGUACAGUUGCCUGCAGGAACACGAGGAAAACAAAAACAUCACAAGAAAUCUGGCGUUCUGAAGAAGGGGUGUAUGAGCAUAGCACCAAAAAAGGCAAGACAUGUGCAGGCAGCAAAACUAAAAAAGAGUCUUGAAAAAGAAAUAAAAAAAGGCAUCGAGCAGGAGGUUGCUGUGGCAGCAGGAAAUGUUGAACCCAAACGAUUCAACGUUGUUAAUACAAAAACAGCUGCCUCAUCUAGCAAGAAAUAAAGACAAUUCAUUGGGAACUGUGUUAGACAUUUUGACUGCAUAAUAUACUCAACCGAGAAUAGAAAUUAGUCAAAAACAACUUAAUGUUUGACAUAUCAGAAGUCAGACAAAACAAAUUUUAUCAGGAGUAACAGACAGCAGCAAGGGGAUUUGUUUGCUAUAUAAAUACCAUAAGCCAAGGAUAGGCCACUGAGGGUGGCUGAAACAGAUAAAACAUUUGCAUUUCAUUAUAUGUAUACAGUUCAAGGACCAUACAUGUCUAUUUACACAGACAGGAUUUGAUAUUGUGGGACAUGACACGAGAUAACAAAAUGAGCAAUCACAGUAUUUCAAUGUAUGAUCACAAUUUUUUUUUGUCAACAUUUAAAUUAUGAACUUAUUUAUUACUAUCAGAAUUAUCAAAAAAUUUAGAUUAAAGGUUUAACAAAAAAAGUAUUAAUAAAAAUAUAUUUUAUGAAUUUCUAA